AUGAAAUCUUCACAUAUAGCUUUAAUAUGCAUAGUCAUGUUCUCUCUCUUCGCUCUACAUGAGAGUAGAAUGGAGGGUGGAGCUAUACAUAGAUCGAUGCUCAAUAUUACAAUACCACCGUGUAUCAAAACCUUUUGCAAGGUACUAACAUUUGAAAAGCAUUGUUGGUGUUGUUUCGGACCGAGAGCUAAGAAAAAACUUUGUUGGAAUGAACAAAAAUAUCCUAACGCCAAAGAGCUAUGCUACGCUGGGUGUAUAAUAGAAUAA